AUGCGGUCAACGAUUCUUCUUCUUUUGUUUUUCAUUGGUUAUGCAAUCGCACAGUUUGGCGGUGGCCCAGGCUGGGGUGGCGGUGGACCAGGAUUCGGGCAUGGCGGCCCAGGAUGGGGCGGUGGUGGUCCCGGCGGCUGGGGUGGAGGACCAGGUGGCCAUGGAGGCUGGGGUGGAGGCCCUGGUGGCCAUGGAGGCUGGGGUGGAGGCCCUGGUGGCCAUGGAGGCUGGGGUGGAAGCCCUGGGGGUCAUGGCGGCUGGGGUGGAGGCCCUGGUGGACGUGGCGGCUGGGAUGGACGAGGAGGAGGAUCCGGAUGGAAUGGAGGCGGCGAUCGCGGCGGAGGCGGCUGGAAUCAAGGAAGCCGCGGUGGAGGUGACCGAGGUGGAUUCGGCGGACGCGGUGGCGGUGGUGGACGAGACAACGCAGGAGCUCGAAUCGCUGAAAAUGUUCUCGCUACUCUUCUUGGUUAA